AUGAUCCUCACUGCCGAUCUUCUAGAGGAUCUUAUCGAACAGGAGGGCAGUCCAUGCGAAUCCAUCUUCAACUCUUCCUCACCGCCAGCUAUCCCCCUCGUCGAUUUCUUACGCCGGCUCCACAAGUACACCCAAUUCUCGCCUGAGUGUCUGGUGAUCGCAAUUGUGUACAUCGACCGUUACAACAUGAGUCAGCCUGAGUUCAGUCUCAACCGUCUUAACGCUCACAAGAUGGUGCUUGCUGCAGUGCUCUUGGCGGCCAAGUUCCAGGACGAUUUCUACUACGACAACAAGGCCUUUGAGUUCGCCGGUGGGGUCAAUGCCCUCCAUCUUCACCAGCUGGAGCUUGAACUCUUCCAAAAACUGGACUACAACUUGUUUGUUGGCGAGGAGGACUACCAAGAGCUAGAAGCAAAACUCUACGAAGUCUACGCGGAACCAGACGAGCCCUGA